CACUUUGAUACAGCACAUUAUAACACAGUAUUAAAAAUAAACUGAUCUAGUGAAAUAGCAGCUCAAUUAUUUUAAGUGUAAAUGUCGCUUUCAGUGCUUUGUAUGCUUUUCUUUCUUGCCAUGGCAUGUAUGUGUACAGCUACUGCCUUGUCAUGGUCGUCGUCUUUGAAGGUGGGAUAUUAUCAACGGACUUGUCCCUCGGCGGAGGCUAUUGUGAGGAAUGUAGUCAGCACUGCAGUCACUAGGAAUCCUGGUUUAGGUGCUGGCCUUAUUAGAAUGCAUUAUCAUGAUUGUUUUGUUAGGGGUUGUGAUGCUUCAAUUCUACUUGAUUCAACCCCUGGCAGCCCAGCUGAGAAAGACAAUAUAGCUAACAACCCAAGCAUGCGAGGUUAUGAAGUGAUAGAUGAGGCAAAGAAGCAACUUGAAGCUCGAUGCCCACAAACAGUCUCUUGUGCAGAUAUCAUAGCCUUUGCAGCACGAGACAGUGCCUUCAAGUUAGGAGGGAUAUACUACGCUGUACAAUCAGGUCGACGUGAUGGGAGGGUCUCACUUAAGGAUGACCCUAACCAUAACCUACCUCCAUUCUUUUUCAACUUACAACAACUACAAAAAAGCUUUGAACGAAAAGGCCUUUCUGUAGAGGAAAUGGUCACCCUUUCUGGGGCACAUUCAAUUGGAGUUUCACAUUGUUCUUCUUUCACCAAAAGACUUUACACCUUUAACGCUACAAACCCACAAGACCCAUCAAUGGAUCCUAGGCUUGCUAAUAUGUUGAAAUCCCGGUGUCCUAGUAAUGCUCGUAGCAAUGUUGAUCCUACCGUUGCUCAAGAUUUUAUCACACCUAAUAGGUUGGACAACAAGUAUUAUCAAAAUGUACUUAACAAAAGGGAAUUGUUAACCUCGGAUCAAUGUCUUAUGAGUAGUCCUAGGACUGCAAGUUUGGUUAGGAACUACAAUCAGCAAGGCGGUGUUUGGGCUAACAAGUUUGGUAAAGCAAUGGUUCAUAUGGGUUCUAUUGAGGUUCUCACUGGCUUUCAAGGUGAAAUUAGAAAGAAUUGUAGGAUAAUUAAUAAUAGUUGAUGGUUUGAUAGUUUUCAUCUUGAUUAUUUUUUGAAUUAGAGUAUAAUUGUGGAGGAUUAUUUAUUCAUUCUUUUAUUUCGUAACGCAAGUGUAUAUAUGUUUAUAAAUUACAAUUUAUAUGAAUGAGAUUUUUUUUUUUCUUUUUUGGAAUAUUUUUUAUAUAGUGGGCAUUGCUAUGAAUUUGAACUGCCUCAAGUUUAUUGGUAGAAAUGAAUCGUACAAGUUUGAAAUAAGAUAUAUGAAGUACUUAAUUAGCAGAUGCAUGUAUUAAUGACAGUAAUAUACUUAAACAUAUAUAACAGCAUAUAUACAGACAGUUAAAUUUGAUUAAGACUUGAUAUGUGUGAUUCUAUUAAAAAAAAAAAUCAAGUAAUGCUGACUUGAUACUAGGAUAUUACUUAUUAUUUAGACUACUUAUUAAAAAUAUUACUCCGUACUAGGAUUUGUGAUUGCCGUUGGGGCUCAGCCAGGCGGUCAUGGAUUGGCCUUCCUUAGUGAGCAGUUCAAGCUCCCUGUCCUUCAACAGGCUUCGAAUUUGAACCAAC